AUGCGGAGAGGUCUGCUAGCCACGACACGGCUCCCUCGGCCGACCGCGCUGGCACUCGCGCCGCGCAGAGUCGGGCUGCCGAGGCUGGCGUCGCCCGCCUUUCUCCCGGUGCGGCACGGCUCGGGCGGGGUCGGCGCGCCGAUCAUCCGCCUGCUCGCCAACCUGGUGAUGGCAGGGAGCGGGGUGGUGGGGCGCGCGUUCCUCGAGGCCUACCAGCAGGCGCUCAAGGAUGGGGGGCAGGCGGCGAGCCGGGGGUCGGGUCGCGCGGCUGGCAGCGCGGCCGCACAGGCCGAGGCGAGGCAGAUUCUGAACGUCGGCGGGAAGGCGAGCGAGGAGGAGGUGCGCGAGGUGGCGGAGAAAAUGAUCGCAAUGAACGACCCCGCCAAGGGCAACACCAAGACUGCGGCAGACGCUUCCGAGAGGCUUCGCGGAACUUCCCACCCAACCUUCCUAGGCGGCUCGGAGUACUUGCAGCAGAAGAUCACGUUUGCGCGGGAUAUACUCGCGCGGACGCCGCCUCCGGAGGAUGCGAAGGCGGGGGCGGAGGAGAAGGGUGGGCAGGGGGAGAAGAAGUGA